UGGUUUUAACACAGCUAACAUGAUUCAUGAAGCCAUGACAAGCCGCUUGCAUCCGGCAGAACCUGGGAGAGCUCCUUGCGCAAAGCAUCGCAAGAAGUUGCUCGCCCAUUUGGCAUUGAUUGGAGUCAUCUAUUUGAUUGGAGCUCAAGGAGCUCGAGCCUUUGGGUUUCAAGGCCAAAGGUCAAUUAGAGUAACCGCAGCUUUAUCUGCGCUGGGCCCUGGAAAGUACCGCUCUCUGACAAAAAUCCGCCUUCGCAAGGAGCCAGAUGUGGCGUCUGAGCCAACAGGAGCGAGCAUCAUAGCUGGAGAAGAGUUCGAAGCUUCCGAGGCGAUUCAACCUGAAAGCCCUGAUAGCCCAGGCUACCUCAAAGUGAAGGGAGGAUGGAUUUUUGACCAGGGCAUUGCCGGCAGAUGGCUUGGAAAACCUAUUGUUGAACCGAUUGAGGUGAAGUUGCCUUCAGCGCAGCCACUUCCUGCACAAUCUUCGAAGGUGAAGUUGCCUUCAGCACAGCCACCCCCAGCAAAAAAAGCUUCCAAGGUGAAGCUGCCUUCAGCACAACCACCCCCAGCACAAGCAUCCACGGGAAAGUUGCCUUCAGCACAACCACUUCCUGCAGAACCUUCCAAGGAAAAGUCACCGUCAGCCCAAGCACCGGCCUCAGAACCAUCAACUACUGCACCGACAGGUCCAUCUGAAAAGGUGCCCACACCACCAGAGCCAAAAGCAUCGAAUGCUCCUAGCAAAGAUGCACCUGCGGAGAAGAAGAGCAAAGAGGCAAGCCUUGCCCAAGCCGAGCCGGAGGUCGAAGUAGUCCCAAUCCCAGCAGCAGAAGCAAUUGGAUUCACCAAGGUAGAGACAAUGAGGUUGCCUGAUGAGUUGCUGGGCGCUGGCUUUGAAUUUGUACGCCUUGUUGCAGACAAGACGUUGCAACCAUUGACCUUCAUGCUGGGCAAUGGCUUUCCGUGCAAUGCCUUGACCUCCAGAGGGAGGGCCUUGGUGGACAUUGAGGGCGGUGAGUUCAAGGGAGGCUGGUUGUCACAAGCAGAGGCACAAAACAACGUUGACCUGAAGAAUGUGCAGUUUCUGGAAUCAGGUACCAAGAUUGAAGACAUCACAGACUGUUCGAUCAUGGACUUUCCACAGGCCAUGCUGGCUGAACAACUUGGGAUUGAAGUUCAUGGCAUUCUUGGUCAGCCGUUCUUCAACAAAUACGACGUGGAUGUGGACCGUUAUGGCGCCCGCGCGGACUUGUACAUGCCCGGCGAUGCUGCCUCUCAAGGCUUCUACAGCGGUGUGAAGCACCUUCCUGGCAUCGAAUUGCCUAUGGGCAAUCUCGGAUUGGCAGUAAAGGGCAGACCUGUCAGUGAAGAGGCCACGGACGAGAGUGCAGCAUUUGUCGGCCUUGUAGACAGCAGCGCUGCGCACACAGUGCUGAAUUGGGAAGCAGCGAAGAUGCUGGGAUUCACCGGGCCAAACGACCCACGCUUUGCGACAGCAGCCAAGGUCUUGGCAGCUUCAGCAGAUGGAAGUGCAGAGGAAAUGCCCGUGACCUUGGUUCGCCUGAGCCUGUGCAGUGCUCCUGAAGGAGUAAAGCCGAUGGUGAAUUCUGUGAGCAAAGAAGAAUUUGAAUCUGGAGGUGGCAAAGGAUGGUACUUUGAGGACCUGUCUGGUGGAGAUGAAUGUGUCGAGUUUGGUGCGGUGAAUGUGGCCAUUGGCAACCCGUUGACCCUUUCAGUUCUUGCUGAUUCGACGAUUGGACCUUUCACAGGAGCUGCAGCAAUCAUCGGUCAAGACUUGCUGUUCCAGGUCGACAGACUUGUUCUCAACAUGAAGGACAGCCAAGUUUGGAUUCAACCUGGGGAGAUGAAGGAUGAUGCAGAGAUGUGAAGGAGCAAAAGGCCGUGCUGUUGCCAUACUGCUAUUUUAGCGUCAGAAAAGACACCAAUGACAUAUGAAUUUAUGACAUCCUGUGGAUGACUGAUUUGGGACACAGACCCUCAUAAACAUGAGCGGUAUAUGGACUACUUUUGGCUCAUGAUAAAUAGGAGCGUUGCUACUUUCUGUUCAUGGUAGCGGAGCGCUCGGUGCGACUCCGGUAGAUGUUCACCCUUUGGGACACCCUUCGGACUCGUAUCUGCCAACGAAGGGAUCGCAUUGCAUCGAGGGUACUGAGGUUGUGGCGCCGGUUGAUUAA